AUGGCGCGUCAACGACAAGACGAUGGCCUAUACUCUCCGUACCAACAGAAUUAUUCUUACCAAACUCCUGAACCCCAGGCCAUCGUCUUUCCCACCCCAGAGGUCUCGACACCCCCAUCACUCCCACCGAAAGAACGACCGGAGAGGACGCGCUCAGAUGGCAAGAGGGAAUCGAGGCAGAAGUAUAAAGCAGAAAGGUCGCGCGUCCUAUCUACUGCAUCGCCCAGAGAUGUUAUGGACCUUCUUAUAGACAAGGAGUUCCAGGAAAAGGAGAUGCGCAAUCUGCUCCGGCAAAUGGCAGAGGAACUCUACUCUUCAACGAAACGGCGCACCGAGGCCGAAGAGUCUCAUCGGGAAAUUCUCGCAAAGCAAGUACUGGAGAACACGCGGAAUACGGAGAAGAUCAUGGAGGCGCGUCAACAAGCUUUGGCUGCUCAGGCUCAGCUUGGAGUCUACAAGCUUCAGCUUCAGACGGCCGAGGACGAGAUAACGCGGGCUCAAGAACUUCUGACAGCGGUUGAGAAGCAGAGAAUAGAUGCCGAAACAGCCGCUUCGAAGCUUAAGAGGGCGACAAGGCGCCUCAAGUUGGAAGCUUUGAGGCAGGAAGCGUUGGAAAGAGGCAGACAGGAGGGCUUCCAACAAGGAUACGACAUGUAUCACCGCGAGACUCGGGCGAUGGAGGAAGGGGCGAGGCUCGCUCAAAGACUCGUUCCACCAACUGCAGAACCCGUUUCUGCCUUUAUCGAAGAACUUGAUGAUGAAGAAGGGUCUCAAACUUCUUCAGCGCAUACUGAAGUUGUAAGAGACAUGCGUCAUCAGGAUCGCGACAGAUCUCGGGGACACCACAAGCAUCGAGAACCUCGCGAUCAUCAGCAUAGUCGCUCAGGCUCUGAAUCGCAUCAUCACCAUACGUCGCGUUCCAUCCCUCAAAGCCAACCACCGCCAAGAGCUCCCAGCUCUGAACAAUCUGUUGGACCUUUCCGCCCACCAUUAUCUCAGAACUUAUCUCCAGUGCCCGAUGUUCCCGAAGAAGAAUCCCCUGUAAUCUCACGUUCUAUGGAACCAGAGCAACAUCCCGCCCCUAGUUCCAACCAUGACUAUCAACCCCCUUCCGUAGCGAGUAGUCAUCAUCAGACAGAGGAACAACCAAAUGUUUCCAUGACUCCUGUACAGCAGCCUCCACCCCCAAUUGCUAGCAGUUCUCGAUCAAUAGACCAACAACCUGCCCCGGUCAUCCCCAGCCAAAUUCCGGAUAUUCAGCCUCUUGCAAGGAGCCUACCUGCCGACUUCUGA